CAUUCAGCGCCAUCUUUCUUUUGGGGUCUCCCGCCGAUUCGGCGCAUCGUUUCAUUUAAUUCAUUUCGUAUCAUUUCGUAUCGGUUAUCUCUUGCGACUUGGACCGGCCUGAACGUGAAUCGUGAUUUCGCACAGAAGAAAUCCGAAAAGGUGUGAAAAGGCGGUGGCCGAAGACGGAUUGAGAAAGAAGUCUACCAGCGUGACUUGUUAGGGGAGAGGGAGAAAAAGAGGAAAAAGAAGAGAGACGACGGAAUUAUUUCUUUCUUCGAGUUCGACAUUGGUCAACCUUUCAGCAGUGAAGUUUCCUGUUAUUAUUAUAUCUAACAGUCGCGCAGAUUUCAAUCUCUUCGCAACAAAAUCCAUAGCAACAUCAACUGAAUAUAAUACACACAUUACUAGUAUUGAAGCCAAUUCUUCGGAACGUGCUCAGGAAAAAAACGUUUAUUGUGCAUUAGUCUUCUUCGCCACAAUUAGAACAUGGCAACCACUCAAGUGAAAGCAACGCUUUCCUUCAAAAUUAUUCACGACCCAUCAAAUGCCAUAGUUCAACAUCAAAUUUCAAAAAAUAUAGCAAAAAUGUUAGUGAUGUCAGCCAGAAAAGAACUGAGAUUAAUUACGUUUCACAUACCGAAUGAGGACUGCACGGUACAGGACCUAUUGGAUGAGGUACAAGCAGCUUUUGUACAGGACAAGGCGGAUAUUCCAUUUUCUGAUGAAACUGAAGUAAUACAAACUCACUUCAUGGUAGAUGAUCCUGUAUUGGAUAUAAACUAUAUAGUGGCUGUAGGGGAUUCUGGGAUGAUUACAUCAUCCUUUGAUGGUAGUGAUAGUAAUUAUAACACUUCUCAGGAAAAUGUAAACACUAUGAGUACUGAUUUAUUUGAAAGGACCAAUGCAUCAGAUGAAAACAGCAACUCUUCUAAAACUCUUGAGGAUAUACUGUAUCUUUACGCGGUCUACAAGAAAAACAAGGGAAAUGCUACGAAAUUGAACAAGACAAAAAAAGACAGUCCUUCCCGCGAGCAGUUCAAAGGAAAGGAUACAGCUUCGAAACUAAAACCUAUUCAAGAAGAGUCAGAUUAACAAGGCUUCCUUCGCUGCACAUCGCUCUGAUAAAUCAAACAAUAUUUUUUUCUAAUUUAAAAGAUAAUGGAUCUAUGAAAAUUUCGAAUGUAUUACAAUAAGAAUUACAGUAUGAGAAUAUAUUACAGGUAACUGUAUAAAUCGUGAGAUAUCUGUCAUAGAUUCAUUGUCUUAAAAAAAUGGGCUAAAAUGAAUGAAGAAUAAAAUAUGAUACAUUUUGCAUUUUUGUGGGAUGUCACAAAAUUAUGAAGAAGUAUAUAUUCUUUAAUUUUCAUGUAAAUGAUAAGGAAAUUUUCAGUACGUAUCAGAUGACUGACAUUUAUGUUUCCCAAAAUAUUAUAUGUACAUCUCACGAGAUAAUAUAAUAAAAAAAAUUUGACUUUGUUCAA